GAUCCUCUGAACCCGCACAAGUGGUCGCUCGUUCGAAGAUGGUUUCAGGCUUGCACAGUAUCCGGCAUUGCCUUCGCUGGAACCUUCGUGUCUUCAGUGUUUACUCCAGCCAUGGAGAAAUCAGCAACUGAUCUCAGAUCUUCAAUAAUCAUGGGAUCGCUAGCAUAUUUAAUUCACCCGAUCGGGCUUACGCUGGGCAGUCCGUUCGCGGCACCGUUCAACGAGACCUUUGGUAGAAAGCCGAUAUUGCUUAUCAAUCUGCCAAUAUUUGCAUUAUUUGUUCUCGGGAUUGGCUUCGCACACAGUAUGGUCACUUUCGUGGUUUUAUGUUUCUCCACAGGUAUUUUCGCCGCACUUAGUUUGAUAAUAGGUCCAGGUAUACUGAGCGACCAGUGGCAACCGGAAAUGAUAAAAGGUUGA